UGCCGCCGGAGCCGGCCGCUGCUGCCCCCACCCCGCCUAGCUCAGCGGCUGCCCCGUGCAGCGCCAGCCCGGGAUCCGGAGCGGAGCGGGAUGGACGCCGGCGGCUGCCCCCCGAGGCUGCGGAGCGCGCUGCUUUGCCUGGGCUUUUAUCUAUUGCAAGCUGUCUUUGGCACAACAGUGAUCCCGUUAUGUGAACCAAAUGAAAUGGAAAACUGUACAACAGCGCUGAUUCAGACGGAGAAUAGCCCGCGGGUGGCUCAAGUCGCAAUAACCGAAUGCAAGGCUGAAAUGCAAGACUACUGCUUCCACGGGGACUGCAUAUACAUUGUGGAUUUAAAUCAACAUCACUGUAGGUGUGAUGUAGGCUUCUCCGGGGUCCGAUGUGUGCAUUCGGAACUGCUCACGCAGCACCUGAGCAAAGAAUAUUUGGCACUGAUCAUUAUUUUAGUCCUAUUUUUCCUCAUUGCAAUCUUGGUUGCAACAUACUACUUCUACAAAUGGUACCAAAACAAGAAGGAGAGGCAAGCCAACAACCAAAAAUACAAGGAGGUUGAUGUCCAUGAGAAGAACCCAGCGCUGCUUCCCUAGUGAAGGGGGAGAGAAACACACACAGACCAAGGAUUUGUCAGCUCGCAGCUAUUUAAUAUUAAACCUUAUUUUAUUAAUAUUUAUACAUUCUAAACAAAACAAUUUAAAUUUGUAUUGCUCAGAAUCAAUAUACAGGUCAAAAAUGGAUUUUUUUAGUAUAAAUAUUUGAAUGUCUUUUUUUUUAUUUUUAUUUUUUUUAAUUUUAUUGUUGAAUAUUUAAUACUAUGCAAUGUGGAGAAAAAAUAUACUCUACCUCUAAGUAGGAUUAUAUACAGAUAUAUAUUUUUGUAAGAAAUGUAAGCUUUUUGCCAGUAAUAGCUGGUCUACCAAAAUACUUUGUUAAAAAAAAUAAAAUACAAUUUUGUAUUUGUUCAUGUGAACAUAAUGAAUGUACUUCUGCUUCUUAAAAUUAAAUCUUCUAAAUGGGGUUCAAUGAAUGCGGUGUAUCUCCUGUUGUAUACUGAUGUGUAGCAACGGCAGGCAGUUUACCUGAUCCAUGCACUAGCCUUCAGGGACGUUUCAGAUAAUCAGACAUGAACACAUGGAAAGUACCUCUGGCCCUGGGAAAAGCUGUGCCUCUAAUCAGACAGAUGUUGAUUGCUAGUUUGUAGGUGGGGGUGUAUUGUCAUUUAUUUGUAUCCUGUUGCAUACCUAUGCAGGGGGGUUGUCACAAAAACUAACCUGAGGUCUAAUAUUCAGCUUUCAGCGAAGGCCUUGCAAUUGGCACAAUUUUUGACACCCAUGUGGGAAAGUAAAGAGGUGUAAGACGUUCUUUUACUUUUCUAGGCAGGCUACUUGCUGCCCCUUAAUUAGGGGAGAUUGUAAAUUAACCAGCCAGUACCACAAUCAUUUAUUUACACAGUGAGGACUGUCAUCUUAUUCGGAACAUUCAAGUCACACAUUCCCUGACUCAGGAAUGAUCUCUUACAACAACUCCAUUUGCAUUUUGGGACCAAUAGGCAACUGUUCUGCUAGCCUCAUACCUGCUGCCGGAUAGGCCUUGUCCACACAGGAAAGGGUUAGCAGGCAUAGCCAAAACUUCCAGCUGAGCACUGGAAAGUCUGAGCCACACGGGUUAAAGGUGUGGAGAGGUGGCUGUAGCAAGGCCAUUUGUCCCUGUAUGUGUCCAGUCCCCGCCCUCUAUCACCGGCUCUUCUCUUCCUGUGAUCAGACAUACCUCCCCACUCCCCCCUGCCCCCACCAGUACAGAUAAGGCACAGCUGGUGGCUGAAUGGCCAUUGGUGAAGCAUGGUGUGUUGCUACUGGGUCUACGAUACAUGAGGGUAGCUCCCUUUGAUGGACACCCAGCCAACCAGUUAGCUGUAAAAUCCCUCUUGGUCUGUUCUCUGCUUGCUUUACCUGUAAAGGAUUAACAAGCCCACAAGUAAAAGAGAAGGAGUGGGCACCUGACCAAAAGAGCCAAUGGGAAGAUAGAACUUUUUAAAACAGGGAAAUAAACUUUCCCUUUGGUCCCUGGGCUGCGGGGAUGGCGCAGGAAUGCUGUGUAAGGCUUGAACCAGGUAUGAACAUUCACCUUCCAUCCCUAAAGGAAAUUUUUUGGAUAGGGAAUGUUUAGUUGGACACAAACAGGUUUGCUUUAAGGGGGGAGGGAUAGCUCAGUGGUUUGAGCAUUGGCCUGCUAAACCCAGGGUUGUGAGUUCAAUC